UUUGUGUGAGUGUGACUAAAAAUUUGUGCAUACCACCACAAAAAACAACUUUUUCUAUCCCCUUUUAAUCCUUCAACAAUCUCGACUCCACCUUCCAUUUCCACUCUCCUCUCUACUUCACAAUUCAUACACAAAACUCUUCCUUUUUCAUUCACAGUUCAAACCUCAAAAGCCAUGUCUGAACAAGAAGGUGGUAAUGGGUCAUCGAAAUCGUCAUCAUUGACUAACUAUGAAGAAGCAUUAGAGGCUUUGUCAUCUUUGAUCAUUAGACGAACUCGUGCUGAUGGUAGCAAUUUUGGUGAUCAAUUUGAUGUUUUAUUUGUGUACUUAAAGAUGCUAGAUUUGGAGGAGCAGAUUUCAAAUAUGAAGAUUAUCCAUGUUGCUGGUACCAAAGGGAAGGGAUCGACAUGCACCUUCACAGAAUCUAUAUUACGUAACUGUGGUUUUCGUACUGGACUUUUUACGUCUCCUCACCUAAUUGAUAUCCGAGAAAGAUUUCGUUUAAAUGGUAUAGAAAUCUCUCAAGAGAAAUUUUUAGCAUACUUCUGGUGGUGUUAUGAUAGACUAAAGGAAAAAACUGAUGAUAAUGUUCCAAUGCCUAACUAUUUCCGUUUCCUCGCUUUACUUGCCUUCAAGAUAUUUGCAGAAGAGCAGGUAGAUGUUGCUAUCAUGGAGGUUGGAUUAGGGGGAAAAUAUGAUGCAACAAAUGUGGUUAAGGAACCUAUUGUGUGUGGAAUAACUUCCUUAGGGUAUGACCACAUGGAGAUUCUUGGAAAUACUCUUGGGGAAAUUGCCGGUGAGAAGGCUGGUAUCUUUAAGGAUCGGAUUCCAGCUUUUACAGUGCCACAACCGGAAGAAGCCAUGCAUGUACUUGAAGAUAAGGCUUCUAAGUUAAAUGUACCUCUUCAAGUUGUACCUCCAUUAGACGCCAAAUUGCUAAAUGGUUUAACACUUGGUCUUGAAGGAGAACAUCAAUAUUUAAAUGCUGCUCUUGCCAUUGCACUGUGCUCUACAUGGCUGAAAAGGACAGGGAAUAUCGGAGACGCAUACUUGGAACGAACGGAUACUUUACCAGAACAAUUCAUAAAAGGGUUAACAAGUGCAAGUUUGCAAGGAAGGGCUCAGAUUGUUUCUGACAUGCACUUCAAGAAUGACCAAUCAAACGAACUUGUUUUCUUUUUAGAUGGGGCUCAUAGUCCUGAAAGCAUGGAAGUAUGUGCAAGGUGGUUUUCUCUUGCCAUCAAAGAUAACAGUCCGGACGAAAUGUUAUUUCAUCGGCAACUUGAUAAUCCUAAAUCCUCACAUGAUGUAGUAAAGAUGCAACAUGGAGAAAGAGGAGCGCAGAGAAAAUCCGCUCCGAUAUUGCUGUUCAACUGUUUGACUGUCCGAGAUCCUCAGUUGCUUCUUCCUCGCCUGAUGGAAACAUGUGCUGAUCAUGGAGUUUAUUUCAAGAAGGCACUUUUUGUACCAAGUUUAUCUGUGUAUAACAAAGUUGGAUCUCAAGCAUCAACAACACUGACUGAUUCUCAAGUUGAUCUAUCGUGGCAGAUCGCUCUUCAAAGAGUGUGGGAAAAUCUCAUGCAAGGCAAAAAAGCAGGUACAAUUACUGACAUUGUUCCUGAAGAACUAAAAGAUGAUAUAGAAAUGAGUGCCAGUAAUUGUGAACACAGCGCGGUGUUUUCGUCAUUGCCAGUAGCAAUAAAAUGGCUUAGGGACAGAAGUCAACAAAAUCAGUCAGUUCGUUUUCAGGUUCUUGUGACUGGUUCUUUACAUCUUGUUGGCGACGUUUUGAAAUUAGUCAAGAAGUGAUUUGCUGCGCAAAUUUGAAAUUUCCUUCAAGAUGGUUUUCCAAACACAUCAAGUGUUGAUAUUCAUGACUUUCUUGAGAAGUCCCAACACAUGGCAUUCAAGUCAACAGCCCUGGACUCCAUUGGUUCAUCAUCCUUAGGAAUUAGGAUGGUGACUUUCUACAGAGAAAAUUUUGAUUCAUUUCAAGAUGGUUUCGCUGUUGUUUUUUGUUGUAUUUAUGUUUUUUCUUGAAGAAAAGAAAAAGUAACAUUUUCACAAUAUCGAAGGCUUUGCAAUUUGUCCAUACUCUUGGGAUGUACGUAGCUUACAAUAUUUCAAAAUUUCAGCACUAUGAUUGGUUCCUUCUGAAUGCCCUGUAAAAUGACACACUUAAAUAA